GCCGAUCUCAACUCAGCAGUUUGAUAAAACCCUAAUUAUUGACCCCUUUGCAGAAGCUAGGGUUUGUGGCCUUUGGUUUCAGAAGCAAGAGCACUUCAUCAGCAGAGACAGAGCCGCGCCACCUCCGUCGCCGCCAUGGGUCGUAUGCACAGCCGCGGUAAGGGUAUUUCCGCUUCAGCCCUCCCUUACAAGAGAACUCCCCCCAGCUGGCUCAAAAUUUCUUCUCAAGAUGUUGAGGAGAAUAUCUGCAAGUUUGCUAAGAGGGGUAUGACGCCAUCACAGAUCGGUGUGAUUCUCCGUGAUUCUCAUGGUAUUGGCAAGAUCCUUCGUAUUCUCAAGGCUCAUGGGCUUGCACCGGAGAUUCCAGAGGAUCUGUACCACUUGAUAAAGAAGGCCGUAGCAAUCAGGAAGCAUUUGGAGAGGAACAGGAAGGAUAAGGACUCCAAAUUCAGGUUGAUUUUGGUGGAGAGCAGGAUUCACCGCCUUGCCCGUUACUACAAGAAGACCAAGAAGCUUCCCCCUGUCUGGAAAUACGAAUCAACCACUGCCAGCACUCUUGUGGCUUAGGCUAGGGAAACUCCUGGAGAAUGCUUUUUCCGAGCACCAAAGAUUGUGGACUCUUGCAGUUUGGGCAAAUUGUCGGAUUUUGGCAAGAAAUGUUUAUUUAGAAUUUUGUUUUCUUAUUCAUCACUGUUACUUAUAAGUGGAUGACAAUUUUGGAUAUCUCAUUUUUGUUGUGUUUUUCCUUAUAUUUUAGCAGCCCCUCAUCUGACUUGUUGAUCUUGAACUUUAUAAUGAAGCUUUCUCACUUGAGUUUAAUUGAUUA